AAAGCACUUCACUGAAAGCAUUGUUUAUAUCAUCUACCAGUUCGUGAUUGAAACCUAUUUAUUUGUCUCAAUAAUAUCCUUCAAUUCGUAAUAAUGGCAGCGAUUAGUUUAUUGAAUCCAAAAGCUGAAUUUGCCCGGGCUGCGCAAGCCUUAGCGGUGAAUAUUUCCGCUGCCAAAGGUAUUCAAGAUGUGAUGAAAACCAACCUGGGUCCCAAGGGAACCAUGAAGAUGCUAGUAUCUGGUGCUGGUGAUAUCAAAAUAACCAAGGAUGGGAAUGUUUUAUUACACGAAAUGCAAAUUCAACACCCAACUGCAUCGUUGAUAGCUCGUGCCUCUACAGCAAUGGACGAUAUGACCGGAGAUGGAACAACAUCUACAGUUCUUGUCAUUGGUGAAUUACUGAAACAAGCAGAUCUCUUGAUAUCAGAGGGCUUGCAUCCACGAAUCAUUGCUGAAGGUUUCAACCAAGCUCGCACUAAAGCUCUUGAAGUACUAGAGAAACUUAAAAUAGAGUGUAAAGGGAACAGGGAAAUCCUCGUCGAUGUGGCCAGAACAUCGCUCCGUACCAAAGUGCAUCACUCCCUGGCUGAUCUGCUCACAGAGCAUUGUGUUGAUGCUGUUUUGGCGAUCCAAAACCCGGGCAAAGAUCUAGAUUUAAACAUGGUUGAAAUUAUGGAAAUGCAGCAUAAGACAGCCACGGACACAGCUUUAAUAAAUGGUCUUGUCCUCGAUCAUGGAGCACGGCACCCUGAUAUGCCAAAGAGAGUGACUAACGCCUACAUUCUAACCUGCAAUGUCAGUCUGGAGUACGAGAAGAGUGAAGUGAACUCUGGUUUCUUCUACAAAACAGCAGAGGAGCGUGAAAAGUUAGUUCUUGCAGAACGGCAGUUCAUUGAAGAUAGAGUAAAGAAAAUCAUCGCCCUGAAAAAGAAGUUGUGUGAUAAAACCGAUAAAAACUUUGUUGUCAUCAAUCAAAAGGGAAUCGACCCGCUUUCAUUGGACUUGCUGGCCAAGGAAGGUAUUUUGGCUUUGAGACGUGCAAAGCGUCGUAAUAUGGAACGCUUAACCUUAGCUUGUGGUGGUACUGCCAUGAACUGUCUAGAUGACCUUUCUGAAGAACAACUAGGCUUCUCAAAUCUGGUCUAUGAACAUGUUUUGGGAGAAAACAAAUUCACAUUUGUGGAAGAAUGCAAGCAUAAACACAGUGUCACAAUUUUGCUGAAAGGGCCCAACAAACACACAUUAACACAACUCAAGGAUGCUGUGCGAGAUGGACUCCGUGCCGUCAAAAAUGCUCUUGAUGAUGGAGCUGUUGUGCCUGGUGCUGGAGCUUUUGAAGUUGCAGUGUCCAAAGAGCUACAUAAAUUCAAAGAAACGGUGAAAGGAAAAACAAGGUUAGGUGUUCAAGCAUUCGCAGAGGCCAUGCUUGUCAUCCCAAAAACACUUUCUGUGAACUCCGGCUUUGACUCGCAAGAUACAAUUGUCAAAUUAUUAGAAGAAUAUACCUCUCUGGAUGUCCCUGUUGGUCUUGAUCUUAGCUCGGGUGAAAUCUUGAAGCCUGCCGAUCAGGGUAUUUAUGAUAACUACUCAGUGAAGAAACAGAUUUUAGGAUCAUGCACCGUAAUUGCUAGCAAUUUACUUCUCGUUGAUGAAAUCAUGCGAGCAGGAAUGUCAUCAUUGAAAGGAUAAACUAAUGUAACUGUGUGAAAACUAAAAUCUGUGUUAAUAUUUUUAUAUUUUUCUGUAUUCCUGCUUUGAAUCACAACCUAACUCUCACCAAUUGAUUAUAACAUCAUUUUUGUCUCUGCCCAUCCGUGCUAAGUAUUCAGUUUUCACCCUUGAUUUUUUCCUCUGCGUGAAAACGAAAAAGCUUUGUUAAUACAUAUUUAUAUCUUUUUAAAUAAAGUUUUUUAAUUUAAGAAA